AUUCUCAUUUCAUUUAGUGACACUGAACAGGAUACACUGUAAUGUGAAUGUCACUAAUGUCUUUUCUACAACAGUUUGUAUUUGAGUGGAAUUACAGUAAACAACCAAGAGCUCCUGAGGAACUAACAGGUCAUUUAUGAGUUCAUUACAGACUUAACACUAAUUUUUACCUGCCGAAGUCUUCAAAUGUUCAAUAGCAUAUAUAAAUUGUAUCCUCGACUUAUAUUUUAUACUUUGUGGUAGAUUCGUGACAUUUUAGUCGUAAGAUAAAGGUCUAAAGUGAAUGUAGCUUUGUACGAUCUCACCUCUCCGUGGCUGAGGGGAGUUUUCAGAUUUGUUGUUGUGUGUGAAAUGAAUCAGUUUGUUUAAAAAAAAAAACUUUACCAGAAGGAGUAAAGCGAUAGAGCAAUGUUUACCUGCUCAAAAUGUUUAUUUGCUUUUUGGUUCCAAAGUGCAUGCUGAAGAGCUCCAUGUUCAUGGGUUUUUGCUCUAAGUGCUUUCAGACCUGUGAGCUAUGUUGCCUGCGGGCAUCAGAAAAUCAAAGCAGCAACUAUGGUACAGUAAACAGGAUUUUCUUCUAUUAAACCAGAGACUUCAGUCUGAUUUAUUGACACAUCAAACCACAAAAUCCAUGAUGAAGAGGUCGGUGUUUGUGGGUUUUGUCCUGCUUGCUCUUGUCCCUAUGAUCCAUGCUGCCUGCUGGCAUCAACUGAACAAAUUUGAUUCGACUCAUUGUCAAGACAAUGUGGACAAGACGUGGCACCCGGUCGGAUCCAGAUGGACAAACAGCCAGUGUGCAAAGUGCAGUUGCUCUGUGAAUGAGAUUCGCUACUGUGACGGAUGGCCAACACAUGUGUCUGGAGGCUGCAGCAUUAAAUAUGAUUAUAAAACCUGUACAUAUGAAUUGAUUUAUCCGGAUAGAAAUAGCCCCUGUAUGGGAAGUGGAUAGAGAUUAUUAAGAUGAGAUAAAAAAAUAAAAAAAAAAGAGAUAAAAACAACUGCAGAAUUAAACCACAGAAGUACAAAUACAACAUGAUGAUGACUUUGAACAUAAAUAUAAUAAAGAUUUACUUACUGAU